UCUCCUUUUUGCCUCUCCCUUUCCUCUUCGAGUUUUAACCCCGUCUCUACUCGUUCCCUCUCUCUCUCCUCUCUCUCUCUCGCUUUUUGUUCCCGUCUCCCCAUCUCUCUCCGCAAGCCCCCCUCCCAGAUCUGGAAAGCUCUUGCCCAAAGGCCCUCCUCGGAUCACUUCUCAUCGCCCGGAGUCAAAUCCACCUAGGGGAGUCCUAUUGCGUAUUAGAUCUCGAAAGGGGAACGGAUGUUUUGGUGCCAACCAUCUUCCUGAAACUUUGCCAUCAAACAAGAUUUGGACAGUAAUUUGGAGUUGAUUUUAUGUGGAAAGGGGAUUGUUGUAAGUCAUUUAUACACAAUUUGGUGGUAUAGAUUAGGCAUUCUUCGAGGACUAUCCUUUGGGAUUGCCUUUUGACUGCUCCAAUAAUGUGGAAAUUGAAGCAAUUCAUGCCUAAGGAACCUAACAGCCUCGAAGGUCGCAUGGUUGAGGUUGGAAACUUAAAGUUGCAAGUCCGUAACGUGAUCGCUGAAGGGGGCUUCUCUUGUGUCUACCUUGCUCGUGAUGCUGUUAACCCAUCCAAACAAUAUGCCCUUAAGCACAUGAUUUGUCAAGAUGAGGAGUCGUUGGGUCUGGCAAUGAAGGAGAUCUCGGUGAUGAAAAUGCUAAAAGGGCAUCCAAAUGUGGUUGUGCUAAUCGCACACACUAUCUUGGACAUGGGCCGGGUGAAGGAGGUGCUGCUUGUGAUGGAAUUCUGUGAGAAGUCGUUGGUCGCAGUGCUGGAGAACAGAGGAGCUGGUUACUUUGAAGAGAAGCAAGUUCUUUUGAUUUUCCGGGAUGUAUGCAAUGCUGUUUUUGCCAUGCAUUGUCAGUCACCACCUAUCGCUCAUAGAGAUCUAAAAGCUGAAAAUGUUCUGCUUGGAGCUGAUGGAGCUUGGAAGUUGUGUGACUUUGGUAGCACCUCAACCAAUCACAAGUGCUUUGACAGGCCUGAGGAGAUGGGUAUUGAAGAAGACAAUAUUAGGAAGCACACUACUCCUGCUUAUAGAGCCCCUGAGAUGUGGGAUCUGUACAGAAGGGAAGUUAUCAGCGAGAAAGUAGACAUUUGGGCUCUUGGAUGCCUUUUGUACAGAAUCUGCUACUUCAAAUCUGCAUUUGAUGGUGAAUCAAAACUUCAGAUACUUAAUGGAAAUUACCGUAUCCCAGACUUACCGAAGUAUGGCAAUUCUGUUACCAAACUGAUCAAGGACAUGCUUCAAGCUUCUCCAGAAUCCAGACCCGACAUAACACAGUUGUGGUUCCGGGUGAAUGAACUAUUGCCUGUGGAGUUGCAAAAUGACUUACCUGUUAGCUCUACAUCUGCCUCAACUGCAGGAAUGCGAUCUAGCCCAUCAGGUUUACAAGAUGAUGUAGCUCAAAGGAGGACCAAUUUGGUGCCUCGUAGGAGCCCUCCACCUCCACCGGCUAAAGAACAUGCACAGAAUAUAUCACCUCCAGAGACUCAGAACUCCAGAUCCUCCUGGAGCGCUUCAGUGGGUGGCGGAAGUGGGGGUCCCUUGGGUGCAUUUUGGUCCACACAGUAUGCCCAGGAUUCACAGAUAUCAGAGGAUAAAGGACCUGUGUUUGAUGAGGAGCCUAUCAACCAAUCAAAAUCCAAACACAAUCCAACAAACCACUCCAGGGAACACCGAGCCAGAACUCCACCUAGGCACUCUGUCAAGAGUCCUGAAGUUGGUUCCAGUGAGGAUUUUGAGAUAAGAUUCUCUCCCAAUGGAUCUGAAUAUGGUCCAGAGAAAACUAAAGUAUCCAAUCAUCAAACCAAAAGUAUUUACCAGGAUCAGGCAUUCAACACAUUCGUAGCUGAGUUUGAUACAAGUAAGCUUAAUUCUGGGAAUGCUGUUAGCAGCGCAAGUGAUAAGCAUAGAUCAGUGGAGAAAGAGUUGGAAGAUGAAUUGAGUAGGCUGAAGCAGGAGCUAAAGCAGGUUAACGGGGAGAAGGAAGAAAUGACAUCUAAAUGUGAAAAGUUGUCCGCCAUCUGCCGCUCCCAGAGGCAGGAAAUCCAGGAGCUGAAGCGUGCUGUUGCUGCAGCAAGCCCCUCACCCCCAAACAAAGAGUCCAAGCCUCAAAUCUCUCCUGGAAGCUCACAGUCAGAUACGCCGCCUAGGGAGAAGAUAGAGGGAAACUUGCCCGAACUCCAGCGUGGGUUAUUUCCAAAUAAUCCUUCUACACCUAGUCCAGAUCCUAAGCCAUGGUCUGCUUUUGGUGACACAAUGGUCCAGGAUACACCCAAGAGCAGUCAUCCGAAAUCAGUCAGGACAAUCCGCGGAACCAACAGCAACAGGAAUAAUAUCAAACAGCCCAGUGCGAGUUCAGCAGAUGAACCAUGGGGCUUCAAUCAGGACAGUUUCAGGGCAGACUCUCAUAGCUCACAAGUACCUAAACCAUCAUUUGAAGGGAACACUUCACAGCGGUUUGGUGGUGGUGGCCCUGGCAAGGUUAAGGCUGUAGAGACCAACCGGCCAUCUGGAUGGACUGGAUUCUAGUUUCCAUGACCAAGCCAAGAUUACAAGAUGUUACCGUCAACAAACACAAUAAAGCUUGUGAUUUUGUUGGUCAUGGCUGGCAAUUACCUCCUUUUAUGGAAGAGUCAUUCAGACAUGGCCAUGGUGCAGCAUUCAUGGACAUUUAAGGUAUUCCCUGGUGUUCUUUGGUCCUUGUCCUUGAUUGUAAGGUGCUUGGGUUCCUCCAUUAGAUAAUAGGUGACCAUCCAUCUUGUUUGAAUUUGUAUCCAGUGACAAACUACAAGUUACUUUACAGUAAUCAUAAAUGUGAUUUGGUCCAUUACCUUGUGAGCAAUGAUGGUAUGUUUGUCAUAGUUUACACAUGUAUUACUAGCAAGACAUUUAAUUUAUAUU